GAGUGAGCUUUCAUUGUGCGCUCGCCACUCGUGAUUAUCAGGUAACGCCGAUCUGACGGGUUUUCAUUCAGCAAGUUUUCGAUUUGCCCGCCAAAAAAACACGUAUACGUAGUGUUGCAUCCCGAAAUAGUGGUCAACGCGCCAUAGUGAUCUUACAGGAGUUGUGAUCCUAAAAAGGAAUUAAAAUGAGUUCAAAGUUUAAUGUGUGCCGCUGGAUGCUGCUGAUCCUCGGAAUAUUCUGCCUGCUCGACAGCUCAUCGGGCUACUGCUCCCUGGAACGGAUGAAGAAGUUCGCGAUGGAGGCCUGCGAGCACUUGUUCCAGCAGGACGAAGGUGCCCGUCGAGAACGGAGAUCCGUUGAGAACCACCACCAUCUAAAUCGACUCGGACACGGUAAAACGCACAACAAGCACCAUCACAUCCGGCGGAGCAGCUAUCCAAUGGGUGGAUAUUUGAAGGUGACUCUGGAGCACUUCAACCGUCUCAGCGAAAUGGAAAUCUUCCCACGCUACAAGCCCAAUAAUCCACACCACGAGAAGAAGCAGCGAUUCAAGCGGGAUCACUCGAGCAGGAGCUACAACAACAUCCCCUACUGUUGCUUUAACCAGUGCGAGGAGGAGUUCUUCUGCUAAGAGACCUCCAGUUCCGUGCUCCACGUCGGUGCCAUCUGGUCAGCAUUUUCUGACUCCGUCCAUAGUCAUAGUUAGGUUAAAGAUGUACAUUUUACAAGUCGCGCUCACUCUUAUAGAGUACCUUUUGUGCCCCCAGCAAGGGGCCCGAAUCCAUUUACACUAUUUAUACUAUUAGAUCUAAGUUGAAUAAACAAUCGAAUACAAUUGA